UAAGACAGAAAUGCUGCUGAAUCAGUCCCCUCGGGGGUCUUUCAGUGUUCCUGUUAACAUCACCCUGCAGGGUGCGCGGCGGCGACACAUGCGGGAUGUUAUCCACCAGCAGGCCCAGCUGCAGGAUUCUGGGGGGAACUGGAGGAAAGAGAGGGAGCUGAAGUGCAACGAGAAAGCCCGAGCUCAAAUCCCAGACUCCAGCGUUGGAGAAGACAGAGCCGUCCUCCUAGGCUUCCUCAUGAUGGCCUGCUCCAUCCUCAUGUACCUAAUGGUGGGAAUCUUGAUGGUCAAACCGUGCAUCCAUAGUGAUUGGAUAAGUUCUGUGAACUGCUCACUGGUGCAAACUGAGUUGUCGGAUGAAGUGAUGGACUGCCGUGGCAUUGUUAACUUCAAAUGUCUGCGUGCUUUGGUAAACAUCACAACCUCUGACAAAACGUCCUCGCUUCAACUUUACUACGAUGAAGACGCUGUGAAUUCCAGGCUAAAAACAAACUCUUUCUCCCAGUGUUUCUACACUCCCAAAUGCCAACGAAACAAGACGGAACAAGAAACCGAGGCCCGUAACAUCAAAGAAGCGUUAAUUACGCAAAGGGAAAACAUGACAUGCUUUAUCAGCCCUUCACACCCAGAAGACGCCAUCUGCAGGAGGAAAUAUAACAUAGAAAUGGCCCUGUAUUACCUGCUGUGGCCCAGCCUCAUGUUGUUCGGCGGGAUCGUCCUGGUGGGACUAGUGAAGCUCAACCAGCAUCUGGCUUUCCUCUGUUCUGAUAUCAGCAUCAGGGAUGAGUAUCUGGACAAUCAGAGUAACCUGGUGGAGGGAAGGAUCUACCGGCUCUUAAAAUGCAGAUCUGGAGAACCCACAGAGCAGCAUAAACCACUUAGCUAGAAAAUUAC